CACUUUCUGACUCAGGUAUGAGGCCGGUAACAUCAACAGUGAGAACAAACCCAGCCUGCCUCUCUCCUUCCACACGGAGUCCAAAACUACAGUCACUGGGUCCUGAUAAUGACAGUGGAGGCCAGUUUUUACAGCAGGAUCCAGAGAUGGCAUCAGUGAAGCUGGAAGACUGCACUCAAACCCUGGAGCUGAAUGUCAACAUUAAAGAUGAAGAGGAGGAGGAGAAGAUUGGGAAAUCUGUUUCUCAUGGACGACUAGAAUUAAGUCUGAAGCCGGUAACAUCCACAGUGAGGACAAACCCAGCCUGCCUCUCUCCUUCCACACUAAGUACAAACCUACAGUCACUGGGUCCUGAUUGUGACAGUGGAGCCCAGUUUGCUCUGCAGGAUCCAGAGAUGGCAUCAGUGAAGCUGGAAGAGUGCAGUCAAACACUGCUGAAUGUCAACAUGAAAGAUGAAGAAGAGGAGGAGAAGAUUGGGAAAUCUGUUUCUCAUGGACGACUAGAAUUAAGUCUGAAGCCGGUAACAUCCACAGUGAGGACAAACCCAGCCUGCCUCUCUCCUUCCACACUAAGUACAAACCUACAGUCACUGGGUCCUGAUUGUGACAGUGGAGCCCAGUUUGCUCUGCAGGAUCCAGAGAUGGCAUCAGUGAAGCUGGAAGAGUGCAGUCAAACACUGCUGAAUGUCAACAUGAAAGAUGAAGAAGAGGAGGAGAAGAUUGGGAAAUCUGUUUCUCAUGGUACAGCCAGAAGAGGACUGGCCACCCCUCUGGGAGACCAUGUUGAGACAUUCUCUACAUCCAGAGAGAAACAGCAGGAAGAUCAUGGAGCUAAGAGGUCUCACCACUGCCCACAUUGUGAGGAGAUUUUCCCAAUUCUAUCAAAGCUAAAAAUACACCUAAAAAUACACACAGGAGAGAAUCCGUAUUCCUGUACUGACUGUGGGAAGAGAUUCACAACAUCAGGGAAUCUGACAGUUCAUCAGAGAGUGCACACUGGAGAGAAGCCUUACUCCUGCCCUGACUGUGGAAAGAUUUUCUCUCGACUGAGCCACUUAAAAAGACAUGAACAUAUACAUACAGGAGUGAAGCCUUACUCUUGCUCUGACUGUGUUAAAUGCUACACAACAUCAGCUGAGCUAAAACUUCAUCAGAGAGUGCACACUGGAGAGAAGCCUUACUCCUGCUCUGACUGUGGAAAGAGUUUCUCUCGACAGGGUUUUUUAAAAGCACAUGAACUUAUUCAUACAGGAGUGAAGCCUUAUUCCUGCUCUGACUGUGGGAAGAUUUUCUCUCAACUGGGCAACUUAAAAACUCAUGAACGUAUACAUACAGGAGUGAAGCCUUACGCCUGCUCUGACUGUGUCAAAUGCUUCACAACAUCAACUGAGCUAAAAGUCCAUCAGAGAACACACACAGGUGAGAAGCCUUACUCCUGCUCUGACUGUGGAAAGAGUAUCUCUCUACUGUGCAACUUAAAAACACAUGAACGUAUACAUACAGGAAUGAAGCCUUACUCCUGCUCUGACUGUGUAAAAUGCUUCACAACAUCAGCUGAGCUAAAGGUUCAUCAGAGAACACACACAGGUGAGAAGCCUUACUUCUGCUCUGACUGUGGAAAGAGUUUCUCUCAAAUGUGCCACUUAAAAAGACACCAAGGUAAACAUAAAGGAGAGAAGCCUUACCACGGAUCUGACUGUAGAAAAUGAUUUUAAAAAGCUGAGCUAAAAGGUCAUCAGAGAACAGACACAGGAGAGAAUCCUUACUUCUGCUCUUAAUUUGGCAAGAGUAACUAAAGUAAAAGUAUAUGGGUAUUUGGUUGUAAAUAUACCUUAGUAUCAAAAGUCAUCUUGAUAAGUGCAUGAAUUGGACCAUUUUCUGUCCUGCUAAUCAUAAAAAAUAAAGUUGAGUACUUGUGUGUCAGGGAAAGUGUAUGGAGUUAAAAGUAUUAUUUACUCUAGGAAUUUAGUGAAAUAAAAGUAAAAGUUGUCAAAAAUAUAAAUAGUAAAGUACAGAACUACUUAAGUAAAAAUUAGCUAUAAGUACUUUACACCACUGCAUGCAUCCAUGCCAUGUGGUGGUGUGGGGUGUGUUUUCAGGGCACACAUUGGGCCCCUUGAUAAAAGUUGAGUAAUGUUUGAAUGCCACAGAAUAUCUAAACAUCAUUGCCAAUCAGGUGCAUCCCUUCAUGGCAGCAGUGUAUCCAUCUGCAAAUGGAUUCUUUCAGCAGGAUAAUGUCUUAUUCCACAAGGUUUGUCCAGGAAUGGUUUCAAGAACAUUACUUCUUUGUGCAUCUGUGGGAGGAGAUGGAACGAGCUAUUCAGAGUAGAUCCACUCCCAGCCAACUUGACACAAUUGUAGGAAGCAUUGGAGUCCACAUGGGCCAGCAUCCCUGUGGAAAGCACUCAACACCUUGGACAGUCUAUGCCCCGACGAUUUGAGGCUGUUCUGAGGCCAAAGGGGGGUGCAACUCAAUAUUAGGAAGGUGUUUCAAAUAUUUUGUACUAGGGAUGCACCGAUAUGAAAUUUUUGGCCAAUAAGAUAUCCAAUAUUUUCCUUGCCAACAAACUACACCGAUAUUUAAAAUGUUAAAAUCUUUUAAGCAUUCUAAUAGAGUUAAAUAGUUAAAACACGGACGCAGAGUGUCACUUACAGUCCCUGGUUUGAAUCACAUCCGGACGUGAUUGAGAGUCCCAUAGGGCUGCGCACAAUUCGCCCAGCCUCGUCCGGGGUUGGUCGUUAUUGUAAAUAAGAAUUUGUUCUUAACUAAUUUGCCUAGUUAAGUAAAAGUUACACACCACAAACCACACCGACCAAAAAGUUAUUUUGUUGGCAUUUACGUAUGUCCCCAUUACCAGUAAAACAUAAUCAAAACCGAUUUAUUUCACUUGCUGUAUGUACUGUUUCGUUGUUCAGUCGUUUCAUUCUCAACCAGGAUUUCAUCAUUCAUGUCAAGCAGUGAAGUUUCAGCUCUGUCUGUCCGUAGCCUCUCUUCCUCAUGUGCUCUUUCACUGUGUCCGUUUCCAUCUUGUCCAGCUGUUUAUGUACCAUGUAACAUAAACCCUGUUACUUGUCUGCAUCGAAGUAGCGGUCCUUGUACCGAGUAUGAUGGCGACACAGUAAAGAGACUCAGAGAGAAUGCCAUCGAAUCGCUUGUUCACAGCAUCGAGUACUUUUGUUAGUUAACUGCCGACACACACAGUGGGGUUUUGUUGAGCAGGGGUUUCAAUGCCAUGACAGAGGGUAUCACGUCUGCUGCAGGCGCAGUUGAUUAGCUUAUUUCUCGAGACAGUUGUUGAAUUGGCGCUAGGAGUGUGUUCAUGUUUCCAAGUUUCAAACACUUUGGAAAUGGCAGCAGCGGUAUGAGAACCAGCACAUUCUUGAACAUGCAAUACUGCUUUCUUCAGUACGAAAUCCUCAUCGACCCACUGUGCUGUCAGACUCAGUAUGCUCGUGGGGCUGACAUCGCUGGUCCAAAUAUCAGUUGUGAAGCUAAUAGUAGUGACACCCAUAGAUGUGCGUUUUAACAAUUCUGUGUAACUCCGGUAGGUCACCGUCUGAAAAAUACUGUGUUCUGGGGAUUGACCAGUCGGCGAAAGCCAACGUCAUCCACGACAGAGGACGGUUGAUUGUCAAGGGCAACGAAUGUCAUUAUCUUGGCGUUAAUGGAUUUCGCCUUUGAGUUGUCUCGCUGAAAUGUUCUUACUCUUUUCAAAUGACUGCUUGACUUGAACUUGUUUAGUUGUUGGAAGUGUGCACUUAGUCUUUUUUUCUGUUUAGGGCUGUAUUUUUCGUGGCGUCAUCUAUCCACGUUAUAUAGGUAUGCAUGUCAGCUUUAAUUAACAUUGGUUUUGCACAUCGGUGUUAAAUUAAACAUCGGGCCGAUGUUGGCAUUUUUAGCUAAUAUCGUCAGAUUCCGAUAUGCUCAACGAUAUAUUGUGCAUCCCUAUCCGUGUAUAUCAUAUAAAGAUGGUGUAAUGAUCAGUUUUUAGCAUUAGUUUGGGUGGAUUAUUUUACAACUUUUGUGUAAUGAUGAACAGGCUAUGAAUCAACUACUUGUGUUUAUUAAAUUGUAUUUUAAUACUAUAUUCAUUAUUGUAGUCAUUGAUGAUGAAUGUAUUUGAAUAACUGUGUUGAAGUUAAUUGAUCUGGUGGCAGGUAGCCUAGUGGUUAAAAGUGUUGGGCCAGUAACCGAAAGGUCACAGGUUUGAAUCCCAAGCCGAUUAGGUGAAACAUCUGUCAUUGUGCCCUUGAGCAAAGCAAUUAACACUUAUUUGUCCAGUAUGUCUCUCUGGAUAAGAACAUCUGCUAAAUGACAAUAAUGUAAUUAAAAAUUAUGUUUGUACAUGAAUUUAUGCUGGGCAACCUCUUUUCUCUUGUGUAUAAUUAAAUUAAAUAAACUGUUUGAAGUGAAAUACUGUA